AUGAGCGGCCAGCAGCCCCUUGUGUUAGAGGGCGGCAGCGCCGAGUCGGUGGGCGACUUCGCCAAGUUUGGCAUCGUCACGGUGUCCGACCGGGCCAGCACAGGGAUCUAUGACGAUCUCAGCGGACCAGCAAUCCUGCAGUUCUUCCACGAGGCCAUCAAGUCCAGGUGGCAGGUUGUGUACCGCGUCAUCCCCGACGAGCGGCCACUGAUUGAGGAGACGCUGAAAGAGCUGUGCGACAAGGAGGGCUGCUGCCUGGUGGUGACGACCGGCGGCACCGGGCCGGCGCCGCGGGAUGUGACGCCCGAGGCCACCGAGGCGGUGUGUGAGCGCAUGAUGCCUGGGUAUGGCGAGCAGAUGCGUGCCAUCAGCCUACGGUAUGUGCCCACUGCGGUGCUGUCGCGGCAGACAGCGGGGCUGCGCGGCAAAUCGCUCAUCCUCAACCUACCCGGCAAGCCCAAGAGCAUCCGGGAAACGAUAGACGAGGUCUUUGUGUCCAUCCCCGCCUGCAUUAACCUGCUGGAGGGGCCGUACAUAGAGACACACGAGGAGGUGGUCAAGGCGUUCCGGCCGGCCACCAUGGUGCGCAAGUCCAAGCCGGCAGCCGCGCAAUGA